CAGCUAUUUCCGGUGUGGUAUCUUAUGUCAAUUAUUUUUUCGUGUAAACAUAAUAUUUGACAAAAUAAUUAGAUUUAAAGUAAAAUAUUGACAUUAAGUGUGAUCACACGAAACAUAAUGGCGAGUUGUGACGACCCUGAUUCCAUUGAAUAUUUGGGGACCAACUCUAGUGUGGAUAAUGAGGGUUCUGAUGGAGACAGGGGUAAAGGUACAGCCUCAGUGAUGGGAGAAUGUAAGAAAGAGAAGGUGUCAGACUGUUCCCAAGUAAGACACCGAAUGCACCGAUCAGCUGUUCGGCCCUUCUUCUGUUGUGGUAGUGAACUCUCGCUUAUCAGCUUAGUUGAUUCACUGGAUGUCAAUGAGUCCGCUGCAUGCAGUAGUGCUCAUUGUCGUGACCCUGUGAGGGAAUCUGGCGAAAAUGCAUUUAUGUUGAACAAAAAACUAAUCUCCAAAUCUUGUCAUGGAACCGACGUUUUAAAUUCUUGUACCAGCUGCCGUCGAUCUAGUUUACCAACUCGACGGAAAAAGACAGAAAAGCUACAAGGAAGGUCUAAGAAAAAGUUUUGGAGUCUGAAAUUGCGAGCUAAAGUUUCUCAUGGAUCAAGAAUGGGUUCGUCACACAGUCACAGCCAAUCCGAAUCUCCACAGUGCCAAAGUGGCUGUGUGUGUGCGUUGUUACGAAGGAGAGACUCCGACAGUGUGGCACUUAGUACAGACAGUUUAGAUCAGGUACAGACUGACUCGCGCAAUCAGCUGGCUGCUUCCGUAAUACCCAACGCAUGUGUCGCAGCUCCAUUGUUCAGAAGAGCUCCCUUGAUAGACAUGUCCGUAGCGACGCACUUCGAUGAACUCUAUCCCGCUGAGGACGUUGACGAACUGCGAUUAGCGGAACGAGCGGAGGAAAUCGAACACGGAAUAGAACUCAAUCGGGCUCCAUUUGGAAGAAGGUGGAUGAGACUCCUGGGUGCUAGGUCUGGGUCCCAUUCUAGUCAGAUUCUCGGAGGUAGUCACAGUUCACUCUCCGGAUCCCUUUCAUACCCAGCCCUGUCGACUCUCGACGCUGUCGGCAACAGUUUGUGUCACGGCAGUGUGGACAAUAGUGGCGAGUCUCGCUACAGUGACUGCAGCAACCUGAAGAUGGAGAUCCCAAACAGCCGUGUUCCCUGUGUGAUUCACACCCAGGUCGACUACGUCCACUGUCUGGUCCCCGAUCUCAGGUGCAUCACAAGCUGCAGCUUCUACUGGGGUAUCAUGGACCGGUACGAGGCAGAACGCCUGCUUGACAGCAAACCCGAAGGCACGUUUCUUCUCCGGGACAGUGCUCAGGAGGAGUUCCUGUUCUCGGUGAGCUUCCGUCGCUACAGCCGGUCUCUGCACGCCCGCAUCGAGCAGUGGAACCACAAGUUUAGUUUCGAUGCCCAUGACCCCGCGGUCUACGCGUGCGACACAGUGUGUGGUCUGAUAGAACACUACAAGGACCCGAACUGUUGCAUGUUCUUCGAGCCGAUGCUCACGUUACCGCUCAACAGGAAGGAUCCGUUCUCGCUGCAGCACCUGAGUCGGUCGGAGAUCUGCUGUCACAUCAGCUAUGACGAAAUCAGCAUGUUGCCACUGCCCAACUCACUGAAACAGUACUUGAAGUAUUACCACUACAAGCAGAAAGUCCGAGUACGAAGACUGGAUAUCAUUUGAAAGUUCUGAGUGUUGCACUGAUUCUGUAGUGUCAGUAACAGUGAUAACAGUGUUCAUGUAUGUAGUGUUUCAAGCGAACUGUAUGAAAUGCAGUACAUGCACUCGCCAAAACUGACUGACAAAAUUUGAAGCCAAUAUUAUUUACAGUGUACCCAUAUCCGUCUUUCUGUUGCAGUCAUACAAAGUCAUGUACUGCCCUAUUUCCAAAUUAUCCAAUUGCUAGUCUUAUACAAAAUAACCCCAACAUUUAAUGUUUGGCUAAAUAAAUGUUUUGUUAAAUUGGCCACUUUUUAAUAAUUUUCAAGGAAAUACUCUUCUGGUACAUGUAUAUAUAUCUGAAAAUUACAUAAAAGAUUAUUCUUUCCAGUGUGUGCUCUGGAUUAUAAAUUAAAUAAUUAUUUAUUAUAUGUAUAUUCAUGAGUCCGUGUUGGUUUGAACUACAAAAUCUAAUUUUAAUGCAGUACUAAGUACUUGUAACUUUAUUAAUAAUUUUGGGACCAAAUAAAUACUUUAAUAUAACACUCUAGGCUUACAUGUGUUACAUUGUAAAUGUACACAUACCUAUAUGUAAUAUAAACUUUUGAAAAAAAAGAAGAAAGUGAGUAGAAACCCUCGCAUAAAUUUAAAAUUCUGUUUUAAAACUGAAAUAUUGAAUAUAUAUGUUUCACUUAUUUAUAAAUCCAUUUGGAAUAGUCCAUCCCUAUUAAUAUUUUUAUGACUACACACCAUUGUUCACUAUCAGGAGGGAAAAUGCACCAGGUAGUAAAGGUUUUGCGACCAAAAAUCAUAUCUCCAUGUACAUACGUGUAUCUGUCUAGGAGCACAACCUGGGUGGACAAACUUGCAAAGUUGUUUGAAAUUUGUAGCUCACUGUUAACUACAGUGUAUGAUACCCUUCAGCAAUAAUUGUGGAGAUUUCACCACUUGCCCAAAAUAUUUCUUAUAGAUCCAUUCACACAUGUUCAUAGGCCCUUAUUUCACUGUUUUGUCUUACAGAGUAUGGACAACAUGGUGACAAUACAUUGUGAUGUAGUGGCAUGUACUGUGUACACGUAGAAAGAAAAAAGAAAGAAAUAUUUUAUUUUUCGAUACACUCAACACAUUUUAUUUACGGUUAUAUGGCAUAUGGUUAAGGACCACACAGGUAUUGAAAGAGGAAACCCAC